CCCUAACACAUCCGUCCUCUAUUUAUUAUUCUUAUCUGUAUUUUUUUAUUCUUUGUUGUUAUUCUUGACUGUUUUCCCUCGCAGGUCUUCACCUCGAUUGCCCCUGCAAAGAUGUUCCCGUCGCGGUCGCUUCUCGUCGCGAGCCUGCUGAAUCUGGUGGCGGCCAUUCCGCCGGAGCUCCAAAACGUGUUGAAGAACACUCAUGGCGGAAGUGAGUAUGGGUAUCCGACUGAUUUCACGAGAGGGAUCAUGCCUAUUCCCGUGCAUUCCCAUAAUGAUUAUUGGAGAGAUAUCCCUUUCUAUACCGGCCUCUCGAGAGGAUGCGUCUCCACCGAAGCCGAUGUGUGGCUAUACAACGGCACCCUCUAUGUCGGGCACGACGAGUCUUCUUUGACUGAAGAGCGGACCUUUGAGUCCCUCUACGUUAAUCCCAUGGUGGAAGUCCUUGAACGCCAAAAUCCCAAGACACCAUUUGUCACGUCACCCACGUACAACGGUGUCUUCGACACGGACACGUCUCAAACCAUGUACUUCUUCGUUGAUUUGAAGACGUCCGGGCCAAAGACCCUCGAGGCCGUGGUUGCUGCUCUACAGCCCCUUCGCGAAAAGGGUUACCUUACCUCAUUGAAAGGCAACAAGACCAUUGCGCAUGGACCGAUUACCGUGAUCGGAACAGGGAACACCCCGUUGAAUCUCGUUGGCCCGGUUGCGGACCGGGAUAUCUUCUUCGACGCGCCCUUGGAUGCGCUGGAUCGGCCUGAGUUUGCGGGUGUCACGUCUUUGAUUUCUCCCAUCGCGUCGACAAGCUUUAAGCGUGCGGUUGGGAAGCUCAAUUCCAGCGAUGACAAUGCAAUCCUGAGCGAGAAGCAGCUGAAUAGCCUCCGGUCCCAAAUCCAGACGGCCAAGAAAAGAGGAAUCGGCGUCAGGUACUGGGAGACUCCUCACUAUCCCAUCUGGACUCGCAAUGCGGUCUGGCGGACGCUUCUUCAGGAGGGGGUGGCGCUGUUGAAUGCGGAUGACCUGGAUGCGGUGUCUAAUUAUUUCUAAAUCUGUACACAGACGAGGGACUAUUCCCAUUCCUACAGCGACAGUGAUUUUCUGUCGCGAUGUGGAUGAUGAUGUCAUUUGUAUGAGUAUACGUCGCAUUCCAAGUCGGCCGGAUGGGGGGCUACCAACAUCCCCAUGCCACCUGUAGAACGAGUAGAGAGAACCUUGAGGC